AGCUGCUAGAAAUAGCGUCAAAGUCGCUAAGUUGGCAACACUGUGGAGGAGCGCUUCAUUUGCAACUCAGGGCAGCGCAAGCGGGAGGAGCAAAUAAUCGGCUUGUUUUGAUUUUUAUAAUCGUUCAAAACUCAGAUCGUAAUCGUGAUUAAAAUUCGAUUAAUUGAGCAGCCCUACGAUGACGUCACAGCGCAGCGAUGAAUACUGUCCGAAUUCCAAGAAUACUCAUUCUCGCGUCCUCAAACGCGUCCUCGCUCCGCCCACAUUUCGAGGACGGGUCUGUUGUAUCCUCACAGAACAAAGCUAUCCCAGGCACCGGCUGUGGAUUUUCAACAGGAAGAGAAAAUGGAGAGAGCUACAAAGUUUUAAAUGUAAGUUUGUUAAAAACUAGCUGUAGAAACCUAAAAAGCUUAAAGCGGUUCUGUUUAUAGACAUGAAUUGUUUGUAUUUUUGUGUUAUAAAUGACAUUUUAGGCAGAAAUCAGCCAGAACGAGUUUGUAUCGCAGGUCCCAGUUAUUCCCUUGUGUGUGUGUGUGUGUGUGUGUGUGGCGAAUUAAACUUGUCAUUUGUUUUAAGGACAACGGAGCAAAGAAGCGUUUUUAAUAAGCUUAGAGGUGAAGAGUGAAGCUGUUUACACACACAACCACAGAAGUUCUUCUGUGAAAAGUAGUUUUACAUUCAGGGAUUUACACAGCUGACACGUUUUAAUGAAGUAAAAAGUGUUUGUGUGAAGAAUAAAAGUUUUAUCUUCUCAUGUGGAUAAAUGUAAAAAUGUGUUUAUUGCCUUUUUGUCACCUGUGGUCUCUGAUUUUCUCUGUAGGACUGCAGGUGUCCAGGGUCAGGAGAGGCUUUACCUGUUGGUCAUCCUGGGAGAGAGGCCUUCUACUGUCAUCAUGUUAAUGUUAUUUAGCUGUUUGAUAUUUGAACACGUUUAUCAAAACAAAUACUAACUGAUAACUCUUUCUGGUCAUUGAUUUUAUCACCAGUUUUAUUAUUACAGAUGUUUUUGAACAUGUUACAUGAACAGAAAAUGUAAAGAUGAUAAGGAGACAAGAUUAUUUAUAAUACGUUACACUUAUUUACAGAUCAAAACCAGUAUGGACCGGUUAUGUACGGUUAAAGCAGGAUUAACCUGACUCUUCCUGGAUCAUUUAUUUAAACUGAGUGAGCAGGAAGUCUUUAACAGUGCAGCUGGAUCUGCUGCAGGAGGAUCCAGACGUGGAUGGAGGGCUGGAGCAGACCCGUGGCUGGACGUUUCUGGCCAGAGGAACAUCAUACAGGACGGUCUGCAGAGAGCUUUGGGAAGCUUCCUCUCACUGUCCACUCCAUCGUCCAUCUACAGGGCCUACAUUGAAAACACUUCAGUGCUAUUUUAUUAAAAAGCCUGUUAAAAUGUUUUACCCCCAUUUGAUGCUAAAUAAGUUCUAAGGUCCAAUUUACAUUAGAAAACAUCCUACUGCAUUUAACAUUUAUAAUGCAUUUGGUUUAUAUUAAUUACCUACAUGAUAAUACUGUAGAAAUAUGUUGUGUAUGUUUAACAAGUUCAUUCUGUAGCUUAAAACAUACAUGAAACCAUCUAAAGUUAACAUGUAAGUCCUGAAAGCUUCUAGAAUAAACAAAGUUACUUAACCUGAAAACGGUUGUGAACAAACGCUGCUGAUGGACGUGAAGCUGCUGCAGCUCCUUAAUAUUCCUGCUCGAUUUUCGCUAGCUUUAGCAUUUUUCCUUUGCGUGUAGCUGCCACCACGGCUGUGACGGGACCUACAGGCCACCGUAGACGUGAAGGCUAGACUGUCCGAAUUCAGAGCCGCUGGGUUCCGGUCUUAGCAGUCUGGCAAGGACCCGGCUUUGCUAGACCGGCGAGGACCUGUUCUCAUAAGCAUCCUGCCUGUGGAUUCAGACACACCCUAGGAUUGGGACAUUAUUACAUUUAACUUGUACUAAGUUUUGUAACUUGUAACAUGUUUGUAACUGUGACUUUUGUUUUGUAGCAUGUAAUGAAUGUUUUGUAACACGUAACUUUCAUUUUGUAAUGAGUAAUUUUUGUUUUGUAACAUGUAACUUUUGUUUUGUAAUGCAUAACUUUAAUUUUGUAGCAUGUAAUUCUCAAGUACAAAACAUUUUGUCCCAAUUCUAGCUUGCUUCCAACAAGAAUUGUCUUCGACAGGAAUUCAAGACUCAUGAUUGGUUGGUCAGACAAAGCCUGUCAUUGUUUUUUUGGGAAGGAAGCUAGAUUUGGGACAAAAUGUUUUGUACUUGUAGACUUUAGUUUUGUAACUGUAGACUGAGAUGUGUGUUUUGAGAGUUGUGAUUUGAAACUUGUACAUUUAUUGUUUUCUGCAAGUUACAAAAUGAAAGUUUCAUGUUACGUACCAAAUGCUACGUGUUACAAAACAAAAGUUACAUGUUACAAAACGAGAAAUACAAGUUAAAAAAUGGAAGUUGUGUGUUACUAAACAAGAAUUACAUGCUACAAAACAAAAGUUAGUUACAAAACAUGAUGCAGCUUACAAAGCUUAGUACAAGUUACAUGUAAUAUUGUCCCAAUCCGAGUUCCAUACAUACGAUGUACAUUGGUGAUAUGGUGAUGUUGUGACGAACCUAAAAUUCAUAUUUUUGGCCUGUGGGAGGAAACCAAGGAAGGUGGAGAAAACCCACAUGUGCAUGGGGAGAACAUGUUUACUCCAUGAAGAAAUGCCGCAGCCAGGUUUUAAACCUGCAACCUUCCUGCUGUGAGGCAACAGUGAUGCCAACAAUGCCACAGUGCAGCAUUUGGCGAAAUUUGCAACUACGCUAUAUGAUUUGUUAACUGAAUAUCACAAAAUGGUGUUUGUUAAUCCUGUAUCUCUGCCAUGUUCAGUAAGAAGUGAAUGUUGGCCUAUAAGAGGGAACACACACACACCACCUGUGGCUUUUAAAACCAAAACAUUCAGAAACUACACAGGAUAUAGAAACAUGUUUAGUAAAAUAUAAGAUGACAUUUUUUUCUGCAUUGCAGUCUUUCAAAAAUGUGAUAUUACUAAAGCUGUAUAGGGUGAUGUAACAAUGUUUUUCUCUGGUGUCUCUGGCUGUGAGUAAAACCAAAUGUCUCAGGGAGCUCCAACAUUGAAAUGGAUUUAGUACCAGUCAGCACCUGUACAAGUUUUAAUUAAAUAAGUGUGCUUGGUUUGUGAUUGCAGAUACAUUUCAAUUACAGAUAUUUGUCUAGAUCCUUGCGUUGUGGAACAGCAUGUUUUAUAUGGUUGCUGCUUUAAGGGAAAGAUCAUUGAGAAAAGGAUAAUCUAUAGUAAGAUCUGGUGGAUGUGAGUCAUUGAAUCUACAGUCUGCUGUUGCUAAGGCCACCAGUGAGAGAUGGAACAUCCUGCUUCUCUUUCAAUAUGUUUUCCCCUUGAUACCCUGCAGGUUGUGGACAUAUGUACUCUCUCUCCUCUGUUUUGGGGAAAUAUCAAUAUAAUAACAUACAGGUUUAUGAGGAAUUCAUGUCAAAAACAGCCUUAUUUUGGUUGGCUGUAAUAAAGGAGAUACAUUUUUAUAACAGACUUUAAUAAUAUCUACUCUUAAUUUAACAACUAUAUGCCAGGACAGUUACUGCAACACUAUAGUUUAAACUAAUACUGUGAAACUAUGUAACCACUGUCUAGUAAGAAGUAAUCAGUUUGUGUCAACCAGGUAUCCAUUUCUGCCUCUGUCUCUGAAUCAGUGUUUGCAACAGCAUAAGAAGAGUGGCUUUUUCUAGAGAGAUUUGAUGAGCUAUUUAUAGAUCCCUGCCAAAGCACCAAGUGUGGUGCUGUUGCUGCUGCUUCUCUUCUCUUUACUGCUCUUGAAUCUGUUCAUUUACCUCCAUCUUUAUUUGUUCCACCUUCUUUCAUGUUCUGUUUUCUGAGCUCAUUUACUUCUAAUGAGUUUUCCUUUAAGAGCUGUUUCAUUUCAUGUUUCCACUUAUGUGUUUUUCAUUACUUUCCCUUUAAAUGAAUUAUUGAUCACAACAGAAGGGAAGUGACUGGUUGCCUUAAGUUUAGCUUUAGAUUGAGCCUUGGAUUGGCUUUAACUUAUUUGAGUAGCGAUGAUCCAGACACACAGAUGUGGAAAGUCAGUGUUGAUGUUUUAGAUCCAUAUUCUGGUUGAAAUAACACUUGUAAACAGUAUAAAGAACGACCACGUUCUAGUGUUCUGUCUUGUUUGAGUGAUGCAGGUAGAAGAUGAAACGUGUGAGAUGCUGCUGUUCAUCUAUGGAUUUUUCUAUUCCCCUUUCUCCUUCUUUCUACUAACUAAGCCUCAUGCUUUCACUCUUGUGAAACGGGCUACCUAGCUGUUCAAGUCCAGAAGCAGCUGGACCGGCCCUAGGGCAUUAGAUGGUAUUAGUUCAUUGCCAUCCACUUUAUCCCAGUCAUGUGGUCAACCUAAGUCAGAUCUUUCCCCAGGGUCAUGCUAGGACAGCAAAGUCAUUAAUUGGUUUGAUGUCUCAGCUUAGGUAAGGUUAGCAUAUUCUUCACAAAGUAUUGGGUUGCAAUUUUUUUGCCUGCAGAAAUAAGUAUAUAAGAUUAAUCACAACUAGUUUUGUUUUGGAUCUGAAGGAAGCAAGCAUGUGUACUUGCUCAAAAAGACUCUUCACUGAGAAACCAUUUUUUCACUCAUUGUUUUUGAAAAUGAUCGGUCACUCUGUUAGGGCUGGGCAAUAUAGCGUGGUUGCAAUAUAUCGUGGUAUAUUGAGGAAUUUACUUUGAUAACGAAAAAUGGACAAUAACUAUAUGUAUGCGCAAUAGGGCUGUAGCGAAGCGUCGAUGACAUCGACGGCUUGAUUCUAAAAAUUCGUCAACGUCAGAUCCGGUAGUCGACGCACCACACCCACUUGUUGCAUCCCCAGGAGUUUGUAAAUAGAGGAGGAAUCUGCCUGUUUUUCCUCUAGUUCGCCCUCUUCUCCGCCUUCACUAACAUCUCCACCAAAUACUGAAGACCCAGAACAAUGUCCGUCCGCUACUAGAUUCCUUUCCUGUUUUGCCCGCCUUCGUCUCCAGGCAACGGACAACAACUUCCGGGGUCAGAUGCGCUGCUUCGUCUCUACCGCAGAUGUAGAAAAUCGCAGGGAGCGUAUCCAGGGGCGGUUCUGGACCAAAUUUUCCAGGGGGGCCACAGUGGGGCCAGUAUUUUUUCAUGGGGGCGCAAGAAAAAAAAAGGGAAUAAUUAGGGCAAUAUCAAAAUUGUUUUUUGUCUCCGCCAUAUGACUAAUUUUGUGCUUUUGCACAAUUUUGCCAAAGGAAAUUCCUAGUACUGUGAAACUACUCACUUUUUUGUUCUCUUCUUUUUCAUAUCUAUCUUUACUAUAUUUUGGGGAUCAAAUGUAUCAAAAAUUUUCCUUUACUUUUUUCCAUCUAUGAUCUGCAUUCCCACAUUCUACAUGUCACCAGAACAUAACCACAAUAAAACCAGUGUUAUACAAAAUGGAAGGCCUGUAGCGUUUAUUCUCUUACAGUAACAAUUUAUCAAUUUUUUUGAGGAAUUUAUUUGAGAUUUUUUGGUUUUUAUUAACUGUGCAAUAGAAAAAUAAUCGUUAGAUUAAUUGUCUAAAUAGUCAUUAGAAUAGUCAACUAUUCAGUAAAAUAAUCAUCAGAAUAAUCAUUUUAAAAACAAUCGUUUACCCCCAGCCCUAAUGCGCAAAAACAAAAGUUGUUCACAAGAUGGGGCUGUCACCUGUGUUAUGUUGAGUCUCACUGCAAUGUGACUCGAGGUAGUACAGCUUCUUAAAGGGACAUGAACGUUGCCAACCUACACCCAUCCAUCCAUCCAUCCAUCCAUUGUCAGAACCCGCUUUGUCCACAUAGGGUGCCAAUCUACACACAUCUUUUUAUCUAUUUUUUCUUUAAAUCUAUUGACAUUAUUAAAGUGAUAUCAGUUAGUCAGAAAUCUUGAUAACGAUAUUGUUUUGACUAUUAACCCUAGUUAACCCACCGUAAAACGUCUACAACAUCACCAAUAAAAACAAAAAGACAAUGGCAAAAAAAGUUUAACUGAACGCUCGCAGCAAAAGCAGAAACAGUGACAACAACCAUUAGGAUUGCUCCAUUUCCACCUAGGAAGUGGUUGAAGUCUCUUGUGUGGGAAUAUUUGAGAUAUUUUAGGUAUAUUCCCACACAGGAGACUUCAACCACUUCCUAAGUUGAAAUGGAGCAGUCCCGAUGGUUGUUGUCACCAGUUGUUGCUUCUGCUGCAUUCACGCGUUAAGAUUCACUUUUGUCCAUGUGGUCGCGCUAUUGUCUUUUUGUUUUUUAUUGGUGCUGUUGGAGAUGUCUUUACGGUGGGCUAACCAGGGUUAAUAGUGAAACUGGUUGAUCCCUGCAAUCCUAGCUGACUGACAUCUGUAGCGGUGAGUUUGUCAAAUUGUUCGUUGUCCAGUCGAAUGCAGAGGUCCUUUGAAAGACAAUAGUAGAUUCCAACCCAUGACUGAGAUCUGUCGAUGGGUCCUGGCCAGACUAUAUAUUCACUUGUAUAGGAUGAUCUGCUAGGCUACAAGUAUUGUAAUUAAUUUUAAUCUUUUUUUUUUGCACAAAGUCCUGCAGCAAUUUCAUAAUGUUGUGAUUUCUGACGUAUAUGGCAAUAAAACCCUUAUGAUUCUGAAUUCCCUUUAAGUACUUAACAACUAUGAACCAAGUGUUAAGUUAGUUAUUUAUCUAUUUUGAUGUUCUCCAUCACUCCACCUCUAUAACAUAAAGUGUGGUCAUUCUCAGGUGUGUAUUUUGUAGUGAUCAUCCAUCCUGUUGUUAUCUUCCUCUUUGCCAUUUCAAGAUUACAUUAUAAUGAAUAAUUCCGCUUUACUGUAAUUAUUUUAACCUCAACACGUAGAGCAUACUCCGUUGUUGUUUUGACUUGGCUACACGGACUGUUAGAACACUGAUAUACAGUCACACAGUUCCUGUAACUUUCAGAGCCUCCUAAGAAUUGUUUUAUCUUCAAAUAAAUAUUCAUCACAAUUAUUUUCAUAGUGAAACAUAACGGGGGAUGCUUUGUGAAGAUAAAAGGAAAACCCCACUUUUCCAGAUUUUUCAGCUCAAAUUUUGCCUACUAAAGCUGGAUAUGCGUGCCACUAACUACCCAUAUAACAGACAUCUUUAACCUGUGGAAAGUUAUUCCCAUUCCUUUGGUUGCUGAACUUUUGACUGCUUCAUUUUUAUAACAUCUUUCAGCUGACGUUUGCAGUUAAGUGGCUGCAGGGGGUGCAUGUAAAUAUGUUGCCUUGUGAGAUUUGGGUUUUUCCUUGCUAAUGAGAUGGCUUCAUUAUUUUUCUCCACUGCCUUCCCUUCAGACUCCCAUCUUCUCAGUGUCAUUGCAUUUAGACAGUUGCAGCAGUGCUCCUGUUUCGCCAGCAGCUGUCAGUACUUGAGGCUUAUUAAGUUCUGCAGGCAUGGGCUGCAGACAGAGAUUUCAGAUAUUUGCAGUGAAUGAUGUCUAGUGUGUGCCCCCCGAGACAAUGUGACGUAGUGUCAUUGUAAAAAAUAAAAGAAUACCAAGCCUUGAAUUGUAGCUACGAUAGCAUGAAUGUAUUUGUGAGCUGUCACUAUGGUGUGCUGCUGCUGUAUCAAGUGACGUGUUAGCUGAUCUAAGCAGCCCUUUAAACAGCUGGGCUUCUUGAAUGCACUGGUUUGGCCGUCAUUACAAUUAUAUUGUUACACAGAGGCAGAGAGCAAACAAGAUGUGUGGGAGAGAGAGUGAGAAUCCACACGAAAGGGAGGGUUUGAGAAGGGAGCACUGCAAACUGUGCGCAUAAGAGCGAUAGGAGAAGAAGGAGCCGGCUUGCAAGCAAGGUUUUCCGUUUUCACUGUUGUGCUUCAUUCAGAAAAAGAAAGGGGGCAGUCAAAAUAGACUUUUUGUACUAUUUUCUUGAAACCUGUUUAGAAAACCAAGCUGAGAUGCUGCACAAGAGGAAGGGCACACAAAGUGUGAAGAUGAAGAUAAGUACAUAAAGCUGAAGAUAGUGGCAGAGGUGAACUCUCUUCAACCACUUUAUACCUGCUGCAGCAAAUGGAAUUUUUGCAUUUAUGCUACAGGGACAGGGCUCCAGACUGUAGGCAAGACCAUGCUGCUGCAGUAAGCCGAAGGCAGAGAAGAGAGGCCCUAGACGACCUCUGAGGUGGUGUUUGGCCUGUUGGUGCCUCCCCUCCCCCCCUCCCUUCCUCCCUCCGUCCCUGGUUGGCAAACUGCUGCCUCUUCAGUUCACCUGAUCGCUCCCUACCCCCUAAAGCAGAAAUUUGCUAUGGACAGCACUGCGCCCCCUGCUGCAGCCCACCCCAGUACCCUACCUUAGUGGGUUUCCCUCAACUUUCUGCGUGCACUUUCUGCCCACAUUCACUGUACAUAGUCCAGCAUAGACCUGGUCCCACCUACAGCCACUGCUGGGUCCUCCACCUUAUCCCCUUCCCACUCCCACCCUCUCCCCUCCCCUAAGAAGAUGUCAGUGAGCCUGACAACCGACAUCCAGCAGGAGGGAGAGAGUGGGCCACUAAUUGUGCCCUGCAGUCGAGGCAAGAGCUCUCCUCAACCACAAGGUACCAAGGAUGGGACAGGAGAGGGCCUGGAGCCAGAAGAUAGCUCCUCACAGGAUCCACAGAAACGAACUCAAAACCACAGUCAUGGUAGGAAAAAAGCCAAGUCAAACGCCAAAGUGAAGCUGGUGCGGAGUCUGGCAGUAUGUGAAGAGCCCUGUGGUCCGUUUUCGACCGAUGGACCUCCAGAAUCAGAUAUCAUCCAGCUUCACAUCAGCUGUCCAUCAGACAAAGAAGAGGAAAAGUCCUCCAAGGAUGAGUACGAAAAUGAAGAGAAGCAGAAGAAGGACAAGGCUCCGCGAAAGAUGCUGUCUCGUGACUCCAGCCAGGAGUACACGGACUCCACAGGCAUUGAUGUUCACGAGUUUUUGGUCAACACACUGAAAAACAAUCCCAGGGAUAGAAUGAUGCUGCUUAAACUAGAACAAGAUAUCCUGGAAUUCAUUAACGACAAUAAUAAUCAGUAUAAGAAGUUUCCUCAGAUGACUUCGUAUCAUCGAAUGCUGCUGCACCGCGUGGCUGCAUACUUCGGCAUGGACCACAACGUAGAUCAGACGGGGAAGGCCGUCAUCAUCAACAAGACGGGCAACACACGCAUACCAGAACAAAGGUUCUCUGAACACAUUAAGGAUGAGCGUAACGUUGACUUCCAGAAGAAAUUCAUUCUUAAAAGAGACGAUGCUAGUAUGGACAAAGAUGAUAAUCAGAUCCGUGUGCCACUGCAGGACGGGCGGCGUAGCAAGUCCAUUGAAGAGAGAGAAGAGGAGUAUCAGCGGGUUCGAGACCGGAUUUUUGCUCGAGAAGUGUCUUUCUUCUUACAGUCCUCUCAGAAUGGAUACAUCAAUGACAACAGACUUUCCACUGAGGGCUACUGUUCUAGCUCUCAAAAGAGGAGGCAGAUCUUUAGGGGAAACCGCGAGAGCUCCAGCCGGGCGUCUAGCAGCCGUCAGAGCAGCACAGAUAGUGACAUGAAGUGCCUGGAGCCACGGCCCUGGAGCAGCACAGACUCAGACAGUUCCAACCGCACCCUCCGGCCACCCGUGACUAAAGCCAGCAGCUUCUCUGGUAUCUCCAUUCUUACCAGAGGGGAUAGCCUUGGCAGCAACAAGGGAUCACAGGGAAGCUGCAAAGGCUCUCGUUCUGGCUUGCCUCUAGUCAGCCCUGAUGUGUGUCCUCCAUCUGCCUCCCAGUCCAGUCGUAGUCUGCUUCCCUGCCCACCUCAGCCUCCACAGCAGCCACCGACCCAGGCACCACCUCAGACUGCCCUGCUGCCCACCCCGCAGCAACACCCCAUGGGCAACCACAUGAUCGCACAGCCGGUGGCAUCUCUGCAGCCUUCUCAGCCUGUCUCCUACUCCAGUCCUUCCUGUCCCCAGGUUCUCCUGCCAGUUUCUCCUCCCCAGCAGUACACAAUGGGAGAGGAGCUGCCACCCCAGUUUACCCAGAUGACGCUGAGCAGACAAGGCUCCAGUGAGAACCCAGAGCCGCCCCCCAUGUAUCAGGCUCCUCCCACAGUGCUUUCACAGCACCCACCACCUCAGACCAGCUACAUCAUGGCUACCACGGGUCAGCCUUUGCCACCCCCAUCUGGCUACCAACCUGCUACUGGACACCCUCACCCUCCACCUCCACCACCUCCUCCAUCCCAGCCUGUCAUACAGGCUCCACCUCCUCCACAAGGCUACAUACAACCUUCACCUCAACAGAUACAGGUAUCGUACUAUCCUGCUGGUCAGUAUCCCGGCUCAGGCCAGCAGUACCGUGUGUCCCAGCCAAUAUCCCACCAGGUGUCUUACCCAGCCCAACGAACCCAGCCCAUGCCUCAGCCCGCUCAGCAGUCAGGUCUUCAGACCAUAAUGCCCAGCCAGCAGCCAAGCUAUCAGGGUAUGAUGGGGGUGCAGCAGCCCCCAAACCCCGGUCUGCUAAACUCCCAGAGGGCAGGCAUAGGAGGGCAGAUGCAAAGCAUAAUGGUCCAAUAUCCACAGAUGCCAUCAUAUCAGGUACCAGUGGCCAGUGAAAAUCAGCAGGUGGUGCAGCAGCAGUACCAGCAGCAGGUCAUGGUACCAGUCAGCCAGUCUGUCCAAGGCCCCAUGCCUGUCUACUACAGUGUUAUCACACCCACACAGCAGAAUAGCACAAGCCCAUCAGUAGGUUACCUGCAGCCUCCCAGUUCAGAGCAGUUUCAGAUCACACAGCCUCCGUCACCCUGCAACCCUCAACCAUUGCAACAGCAAUAUUCAGCUCCUCCUGGGCCUGGGGUGAUGGUCAUGCAGCUGAGCGUCCCCAACGGACCACAGCCUUCCCAGAACCCCCCUCUGGUUCAGUGGAACCCAUGCAAGUAUUACAGCAUAGAGCAGAGGCCCAGCAAACCUGGAGAACUCUACAAACCUGAUAACUCUGCGCAGGCCACCACUCAGCUGACGAGUCCUCUGGCCUCCCCCACUCAGUCUCCCACCCCAUCUCCCUCUGGCAGUGUCGGCAGCGUCUGUCCAGGUCUGGGACCAUUACCUCUUAUUUCCCAGUUCCCGCGGCCGGGAGGACCAGCUCAAGGUGAUGGUCGUUACUCUUUGUUGGGACAGCCUCUCCAGUACAGUCUCUGUCCUCCACCUCUCAUGCAUGGCCAGUCCUCGUACAGCUCCCACCAGGGUCAAGGGGUGAUGAAACAUGGGGCGAGAGGGAAAAAACAAACACUCAAAUCAGCGUCUACAGAUCUGGGCACCACUGAUGUAGUGGUUAGCCGAGUUCUCGAAGUGACCGACCUGCCAGAGGGGAUUUCACGUCCAGAAGCCGAGAAGCUUUUCAACCAACUUUCCAUGUGUGGCGCCAAGAUCCAGUGGCUAAAGGAGCCCCAAGGAGGCCGAGGAGUAGCAGGGGGCUGUGGCCCCGGAGCCAGCAUGAUGGGAGCCGGAGGAGGGAAGUACGACAGCAACGAUCCGGCACACCUCUACACAGUAGUGGCAGUGUUCCCCAGCACCAUGGCUGCCCAGAGUGCUUCCUUCAAACUGAACAACAGCGGGGCCAGCCUCUUCAAACUGAGGGCUGCCAAAAAGAACUAUGACCUGCGUGUGCUGGAGAGAGCCAGUUCUCAGUGAGAGGAAGAGACGGCGGGGGACAGACGGACUCUUGGCGAAACAGUGGAAAAGGAAGGAGGACCGAGGGGGCGGGACCGCUCUUAGUGUACAAUUUAAAAUUAAACAAAAAAACAACAACUUGAGUUAAUUAUGUGUCAAAUGUAUAAAAGGGAAGAAGGUGUGAAACAUGAGGUGGCUGGUGUUUGGUUGCAAAUCAGAUUUUUGUCGUUUGUUUUUAUUCAUCAGAUUUGUUUGGUAUUUAUAAAGCAGAAGAGCACACAAGACACGCGAGCAUGUGUUUCAAUGUUGCUGUGGAAUGAGUGCUGCCACCGCAUGCGCACACACACACACACACACACACACACACACACACACACACACACACACACACACACACACACACACACACAGCUCAAAAGACACAAACGGACACAAAGUGCAGGCAACAGGGUCACGUAGCACAUAAUACACUGGACAGUCGAUCCCAGUCAGAACUCCUCCUCCCCUACUGUUCUACAAAUCCUUUUUCUGCCAGCGCGUUCUCUUUCUCUCCUUCUUUGGCUUUCCAUCACCCAGUUGUCCCAGAAUCUGACAUAUUUAUAAAACUUCAUACGCACAGUUGCGCACUCUCUCUGCUCUCCCCAGCUGCUCCUCCUUUUCUCUCUCUGUUUUUCCCAUUUUUCCUCUCUCUCUCUCUCUCUCUCUCUCUCUCUCUCUCUCUCUCUCUCUCUCUCUCUCUCUCUCUCUCUCUCUCUCUCUCUCUCUCUCUCUGCUUAUCUGUUCCUCUCAUGUAGUGUCACUGCUCUCUCCUCUCUUGCUUUCUGUUUGCCUUACUGCUGUUGUGGGUUUCUGUAUUGCGCUUUUUCUUUUCUGAAAAGUAUUUUUUUUGAGGGUUCGAUAUAUUUAUAUAAGUGAUGUAAGGAAUUAAAUGAAAUCUAUAUAUUCAGUAAUUUCUUUUGUUCCCAAGUGACAAAGUUUAGGCCAUCCUUUACUCCUUUCUUCCCAAACCCACCCACCCCUACAUUUGUUUCCUCCUUGCUUCCCCCUUCUUCAGCCCUCUCCUCUCCCACAGCCGUCCCCCCAGCUUCUCUCAGACGUCCCCAUUUGUGUUUGCAUUAUUUUCGUUGACAGCUGUGCAGAAGGUAUCAGAAGAAGUAGUUAAAGUGCACAAUGAUUGCAUAUGUCUACUGUAAAUUUAAUUUAAUCUGUUAUUUUUGUUUGUUUUUAAAAAAUAUAAAGUUGAGAAAAAUCUAUUAAAACAA